AAGAUGAUAUAGAUGAAAACGAAACUUCGAGGGAAGAUACACUAGAUAUAGUCAGUACGUUAGAUUUUCGUAUGAAUGGUUCCGUCGCAAACGGCACCAUUCGUACAAUUCCAAAGCCCGUAGAUAAAACUAACGAAUGCUUCAAUGAAGAGAAUUUAUCACCCUUUGCAUUAUCUCGUACAACGUCGGUCAACGACGGAUCGACGAAAUUCUCGCCGCGAGAAAAUAAUUUAGGAUUUCAAGGAAUACCUGACGAAGUUCCGGUAUUGAAUAACUUUCAUGGCAGUGUGGACAGCAAUUUAGACCACGUUAAAUCACCGAUUUCGCAAAAUACAACGGCAUGUGACGACAAGCUCGCCGCAUUACAAGACAAAAACUGCAGUCUCGCUCCGUUGCAUGUGGAAUGCGAUCCGAACGCUUGGGAUUUGCAGAGCUCCUCUGACACAUCUUAUGUAAUUCCAAAUAACAUGGCCGGAUUAGACAAAGUGGUUCACAAAACGAAGAAAAAUAACCAAAUACAGGAUCGCUUUGAUUUCAAUUUAUUCACGAACAAGCAGGAAGAGUUUCGUGAGGCUUGUACUUGAAUAUGCACUCGAGCCUUUCUCAGAACAAGUGACGAAAAAAGAUCGCAAGGAGGCUGUGGCACCAAACUGGCUGUCUGUGCGAGACCUGUCUCUGUCGCGUUGAAGGCAUAUUGCCAGGAACAUUAGCGCAAGAAUUACCUGUUUUAUGCCUUAUAUGGCAAUCGAUGCAUAACGUAACAAUAAUAUUG